CCCGCGCCCAGGGGUCCCGGGGCGGGCUCCGGGCUUCGGGCGGACGAUGCGGCGGCGCGGCCGGAGCGGCGGCGGGAAGCGGAGGCGGAGGUGACGCGCCGGGGCCGGCGGGCCGGGCCAUGCAGCGCUCCCGGGCGGCCGCGGACGAGGCGGCUCUGCUCCUGGCCGGGCUGGCCCUGCGGGAGCUGGAGCCGGGCGGCGACUCUCCAGGCCGGGGUCGGCGGGGGCCGCGGCCCGGGCCGGGAGACGAGGCGGCGCAGGCGUUGGGCCGCAGAGGGCAGGGCAGCGGCGGCGGCGGCGGCCCCGAGGCCGGGGUGGACGGACUGAGCCGCGGGGAGCGAGGCCUGCGGCGCGCGGCGGCCCCCGAGCUCAGCGCUCAACCGGCGGGCAGUCCGCGGGCUAGCCUGGCGGGCUCCGACGGAGUCGGCGGCGGCGGCGGCAGCGGCAGCGCCCGCUCCAGCGGAAUCAGCCUGGGCUACGACCAGCGCCACGGCAGCCCGCGCUCGGGCCGCUCGGACCCGCGCCCGGGCCCCGGGCCGCCGUCGGUGGGCAGCGCGCGCUCCAGCGUGUCCAGCCUCGGCUCCCGCGGCUCGGCCGGCGCCUACUCCGACCUGCUCCUGCCCGGCGCCUGCUCCGCGCCGGCUCGCUCCCCGGAGCCCGCCGGGUCGGCCCCUUUCGCUCUGCCUUCGCUCCAGCUGCCCCCGGGCCGGGAGGGCGCCCCGAGCUCGGCGGAGCGGCGGCUGGAGGCGCUGACCCGAGAGCUGGAGCGGGCGCUGGAGGCGCGCACUGCGCGGGACUACUUCGGGAUUUGCAUCAAGUGUGGGCUUGGCAUCUAUGGAGCGAGACAGGCGUGCCAGGCAAUGGGGAGCCUGUAUCACACCGAUUGCUUCACCUGCAACUCCUGUGGGAGACGGCUUCGCGGGAAGGCGUUCUACAAUGUGGGUGAGAAAGUAUACUGCCAGGAGGACUUCCUGUACUCCGGCUUCCAGCAAACGGCUGACAAGUGUAGCGUGUGUGGACACCUCAUCAUGGAGAUGAUCCUGCAGGCCCUUGGGAAGUCCUACCACCCGGGCUGCUUCCGGUGCUCGGUGUGCAACGAGUGCCUGGACGGCGUGCCCUUCACUGUGGACGUGGAGAACAACAUCUACUGUGUUCGAGAUUAUCACACGGUUUUUGCACCAAAAUGUGCCUCCUGUGCCCGUCCUAUCCUCCCUGCACAGGGCUGUGAGACAACCAUCCGUGUGGUGUCUAUGGACAGAGACUACCACGUGGAAUGCUAUCACUGUGAGGACUGCGGGCUGCAGCUGAGCGGGGAGGAUGGACGCCGCUGCUACCCCCUGGAGGGCCACCUGCUGUGCCGCCGCUGCCACCUGCGGCGCCUCCGGCCAGGCCCACUUCCCUCACCUGCUGUGCACGUCACCGAGCUCUGAGCUGGGGGCGGGUAGCCCGACCCUGGGGGAGCCUCACCUGCUGUGCCACGUCACCGAGCUCUGAGCUGGGGGCGGGUAGCCCGACCCUGGGGGCGUGUGUUUGUGUUUGCGUGCACACGCGCGCGUUUUUUCGCUCAGGAGCGCGUUUUCCUGCGCACGCACGUGUUUUCCUGCGUACGCACGUGUUUUCCUGCGCGCGCACGUGUUUUUGCGCGAGUAUAUUUUUGCGCGUGCGCCGGCGAUGGAUGACCCAGGUCAGUGUCGGAGCUCUGUGUCAGGGUGGGCGCGGCCGCCGGCUCCCACCCAACCCCUACUCCCACCGGCCACCGAGCUGCUGUCCGAGGGGCCGGCCCCGCGGCGAAGCUACUAAUAUUUAUUCACCGUC